AUGCUAUCGUCGCUUCUCCAGUCUCUACCUCGACGGAGAUGGAAACUUCUUGAUUUCUCCAACGCGACCUUUGCGCGGAUCCCCGAACACCACAAAAUCGAAGAAGAAAAAUUUCCAGACUAUGUCGCGUCGCGAUAUUACCCUACACGAAUAGGAGAGCUUAUAAAGGAACGAUAUCAAGUCGUUGGGAAAUUGGGGUUGGGUCUACAUCGACUGUUGCCCCGUCGCUACGUUGUGCUCAAAAUCUGUGUACAGGCUUCGUUCAUGGCCGAGAAAGUGGAUGAUGAGCUCAAGAUGUAUAGAUAUAUAGAGUGGUCUCCUUGUGGCCACCCUGGCCGCGAUGCCAUCAGAACGCUCCUUGAUACUUUUGACAUCGAGGGCCCUCAUGAAAAGCACCGAUAUCUUGUACACCAUCCAUCGUGGGAGAGCGUGUUGACCUUUUUACGCCGUAACCCGGUUGAGAGGCUACCAUCGAUGGCCUUGGCAGUCGUGCUUUAUCGUAUGUUUUUGGCAUUGGAUUAUCUACAUACAGAGUGCCAUAUCGUCCAUACUGAUAUCAAGACCGAUAAUAUCAUGAUUGGUAUCAAGGAUGAUUCGGUCUGUGUCGAUCUUGAAGAAGAGCAGCUCCAGCAGCCUAUUCCGAUGGAACAGGUUGACGCGGAUGGGAGAACGAUUUACAUAUCACGCGAGCUAAUGGUACCGAAGAACAAAGGCCUUCUGGUUCUAUGCGAUUUUGGUUCGGCCAUGUUUGGGGACCAGUACCAUUCGGAAUUCGUUCAACCUAAUGUAUACCGAGCCCCAGAAGUUAUUCUCGAGGCUCCAUGGACGUGGGGCCAUUUAUUCGCCGGUUACGUUCCCGAGUUUCAGAAAUACCGCAGUCGAGCCCACUUGGCUGAGAUUAUCAAUCUUCUUGGCCCCCCUCCGGCUAGUCUUCUUGCCCAGGGGAAGCUGAGAGACAAAUUCUGUUCCGAUGAUGGCAAAUUCCUUACCGAAAACUUAUUGACGGACCAGGUUCCACUGGAGGAACGAGAAACCACUCUCUAG